CCUGCGAACCGUUGUGAUUGUUGUUGAUUUCUUAUAUUUAUUAUUGUUACUAAAAAAACUACAAGUUUUGGUAGUUAAAAGAAGCUAAUUAAUGAGAAAUGCGCCUGACGAAGCUCUGGCAGAAUCGCUCGCCCGGCGACCGGCACUUGAGCACCUACUUCUGCUUUGCGGCAGUGCGCUUGCUGCUCGUUUUUGUGCCCCAACUGGGCUAUGUGCAUCCGGAUGAGUUCUUCCAAAGCGUCGAGGUGAUGACAGGCGAUCACUUUCGGCUGGAACACACCCGCAGCUGGGAGUUCAACAACUCGCUGCCCGUGAGGUCAAUAGUUCUGCCCUUCGCGCUGCUGCGAAUUCCCUGGAGUUUCUACGAAUUCAUUGCCGAAUGCCUGAGAGCCGGAUGGCAAUUGGAGCUGCUGGGAACGUACACCUAUGUGGUCUUUCCCCGCCUGAUUUACACCCUGAUUUCCUACUCCAACGACUAUUGUUUGUACCGCAUUUGCCGGCUGUAUGGUCUUCGCUUCGAAAUCCGCCUUUUGGCCAUGGGCAGCUCCUGGAUUCUGCUGGUCUUCGGCACACGCACCUUCUCCAACAGCCUGGAAAUGGCCAUGUGCUCGUGGCUGCUCUGCCUGGUCUCCGAGUGCAUGCUGCGCACCAAUACGGUGGUCUACAAGAAGGAGUUUCUCGAGGAGAAGUACGACAAGGCGGAGUCCAUUAGCGAGCGAGUGCGGAUCUGGAAGCUGAAGAACUCGCUGCCGGCGCACAAUCUGCAGCACCUGAUGACCAUGUCCACGAUCUGUGUGGCUGGGGUUUUCAAUCGACCCACAUUCCUGCUCUUUGGAGCGCCCAUGGUCUUCUUUUGGCUGCUGCGAGGAAUGGGCACAAGGAGCGUUACCUUCCGGGACUUUAAUCUGCGAAUUGUGCUCUUCUGUUUGUGCGCACUGCCCGCUUUGGCGGUCUUCAUCUUCUGCGACUCCUUGUACUACCAGCACUUGACCCUGGGAGAACUGCACAUGAUGCAGCUGAGCAUCGAUAACUUUGUCUUCACGCCGUGGAACUUCAUCAAGGCGAAUCUGGACUCGGCGCAGACAGCCAGCCAUGGCGUGCAUCCCUGCUAUGUCCACCUAAUGGUCAACAUGCCCAUGCUCUUUAACGUUCUGGCACUGGCUUCGUUGGGAGCCUUUGCCCAGCUGCUGCUUAGGUUCUUCCGGGCGGAGUACCAAGUGCUGCCGCGCUUCCAGAGCAUCGUGUCCCUGAUGUCGGGGGCCAUCUUCGUGCCGCUUUUCUUUCUCUCGCUGAUUAACCACCAGGAGCCGCGUUUCCUGCUGCCCGUGACGUUUCCCCUCCUGCUGCUACAUGCCCCCAAGCUGAUCACGGGAUUCAGUGCCAAGUAUCCCUUCCAGAAGGAUCACCCGCUGCUGCGACGCUUCUACGACAGGCUGCUUUCCAGCAAAGCCUCGGGACCCUAUCUGCUGAAGAUCUGGUACGUGAGCAACGUGGCGUUGACCCUCUUCUUUGGCUUCAUCCAUCAGGCGGGAGUUUAUCCCCUGGCGGCGGAAAUCUCACAUGUGGUGGCCACCAAGCCGGCUGCCACGCACGUUCACCUGAUCACAUCGCACAUCUACAGUUUGCCCCUGCAUCUGAUCAACAUUCCCAGCUCGAGGGUGCUGCACUUUAAUAGACAGACGCAUCAGCGAUAUCGUCGUCCGCGGGAUUUCUAUAUGUACGAGUACGGAGGACUUUCCUUGGACCUGCUGCUGCAGAAGGUGAAGCUUAUUAGUGGCAACUGCGAGGUGAAGCAGUCGGGAGCCAGUCGCCUGCGCUACAAGCUCUACUUGGCCAUUCCGGCAUCGCUGAGCGCAGAUCUUCACGAGGCACUGGUGCACUCGAAUGCCAGCAGCUACCUCAACUUCGAGCUGAUCAACGUCUUCUAUCCACAUCUCUCCACGGAGGCGUUGCCCCGCCUGCAGGGCAGGCAUCCCUGUGAUGUGGAUGCCCCCCACUGGGCCCACGACGAUCUGCGGGGCACCUGUGCCCUGGAGCAGCCGCCAGCACUCAGCUUUGCCUACCUGAACAAGCAAUUCAGCUCCUUCGUCCAUCAACUGGGACUGGCGCUCUACGAGAUCGAUGUCAAGCGCAAAAAGCCGCUUUCUGUGCUACUUAAACAGAAACCAUUUUUGACGGAAAGACCAGCGUAAUGCUCGCUAUUUCUUUUAUUCAAAGUGCCUUGAACCAAAGUUGUAGGCUAAGAUUUAUUACUUUUUAUUGUAACUCAAGUCUGGUAGAGCACAACUUCCGUAAACAUCUAACUAUUUAUUGUAAAGCUUGACUUCUGUAAACAUUCCUGCUUGGUGCACAACAAACUUCAAUUUUAUAAAUAUGUCUAGUCAUUACCAAAUAA